CAUCACGUGAGCUAGAAAGGCUCGAGAAUUCCGCGGUUGGUUUCUCUUCACAGAACUGCUGGGCUAACUUUGGAGGGGCGGGGCUUUUGAACAGGGAGGUGUGGCGUGACCGAGCGCCCGAAAGGAGUCCGCUCUUGGGGAAACGACGAGCCGGCAGCGGAGGUAGAAGAAGCGCGCUGGUCUCGGUUUUGUAGUUGCUGGACGCGGCAACGAAGAAGGAGAGCCGGUUUCUGCCGCGCACUCGAGUUGCGCUUUUCCAGCCUCCGCGUCGUAGCAGCACCUUUCCUGCCUCCGGUGGUCACUUCACUGCUCCUUUGUUGUGUCGCUCCAGGGAGUCGCCGAGCGUAGUAGCCCCUCAAGACUUCGACUGCACCAUGAGCGCCGAAUGUACGAGUUACAUGAACGCCGACAAGGUGCUGGUGAGCGCCUUUAGCUGCCCGCGGGAGGACGGCCAGGCGAGCGCGAUCUAUUGUUGCGGCUUCCAGGAUGUCAAGUACUGUUGCGAUGACCCGAACAGCUUCUUCCCCUACGAGCACAACUAUAUGUGGUGGCUCAGUGUUGGAGCACUUGUUGGCUUGUCAAUCGCUGCAGUGGUUCUGCUGGCUUUCAUCAUCACUGUGUGUGUUCUCUGUUACUUGUUUAUCAGCACGAAGCCAUGCAGCAAACUGGAUACAGGCUUAAGCUUAAGCUUACAGACAGCAGAAGUGAUGAUGUGAAACAACAGGAAAUGGAAGAAUGUUGUAAUAAUAAUAAUAUAAUCAUCAUCAUCAUCAUCAACAUCAUCAUCAAGAACCUGGAAGAGAAAGAACAUUACAAAUACCUGGGCAUUCUCCAGGCUGAUAACAUCGCACACACUGAAGUUAAAAGAAAAAUUGGAAGUGAAUACAUCAGGAGAGUUAGAAAAAUCCUAAAGUCCAAACUCAAUGGCGGGAACACCAUACAAGCCAUAAACACCUGGGCUAUACCUGUUAUCAGCUACAUUGCAGGAAUAAUAGACUGGACCCAGGCAGAGCUAGAGAUGCUAGAUCGUAAGACCAGGAAGAUAAUGACCAUCAAUCAUGCUCUGCACCCCCGCAGUGAUGUAGAUAGGCUAUACCUCCCUCGCAGCUCAAGUGGAAGAGGAAUGCUGCAAGUCUAUCAAACAGUAGAGGAGGAGAAAAGAGGCCUUGAAGAAUAUAUCAAGGACAGUGAAGAAGAUGCACUUCAAAUGGUCAAGAACGCGAAACUAUUCAACACCAAUGAAACAAAACAGGCCUACAAGAAAGAACCGAGCAGAAAAAUGGAAAAAGAAGCCCCUGCAUGGUCAAUAUUUGCACAAUAUAAGUGGAAAAUCAGACAUCACCCAGACCUGGCAAUGGCUUAAGAAUGGCAACUUGAAGAAAGAAACAGAGGGUUUAAUACUGGCUGCACAAGAACAGGCACUAAGAACAAAUGCAAUAAGAGCAAAAGUCGAAAAAUCAACAACAAACAGCAAGUGCCGCCUUUGUAAAGAAGCAGAUGAAACCGUGGACCACCUAAUCAGCUGUUGUAAAAAGAUUGCACAGACUGACUACAAACAAAGGCAUGACAAAGUAGCAGGGAUGAUACACUGGAACAUCUGCAAAAAAUACAAGCUACCUGUAGCCAAAAAUUGGUGGUACCAUAAAACUGAAAUAGUUGAAGAAAAUGAAGAUGUAAAAAUAUUAUGGGACUUCCGACUACAAACAGACAAACAUCUGCCACACAAUACACCAGAUAUAACUGUAGUGGAGAAGAAAGAAAAACAUGUCAAAAUAAUCAACAUAGCAAUACCAGGGGAUAGCAGAAUAGAAGAAAAAGAAAUAGAAAAAAUCACCAAAUACAAAGAUCUACAAGUUGAAAUCGAAAGGCUGUGGCAGAAAAAGACCAAAAUAAUCCCAGUGGUAAUUGGCGCCCUGGGUGCAGUUCUAAAAGACCUUGAAGAGCACGUCAACACCAUAGGGGCCACAGAAAUCACCAUCAGCCAAUUACAAAAAGCAGCUUUACUGGGAACAGCCUAUAUUCUGCGACGAUAUCUAUAACAACAGCAACAACACUGACAAUAAAAUUCAACCAUCCCAGGUCCUUGGGAAGGACUCGAUGUCUGGAUAAAACAAACCAGUCAAUAACACCUGUCUGACCGUGUAAAAUAAUAAUAAUAAGGCACUACCUUGGCGUGGUUGUGGGGCUUGCGUGCUCUGAGGAAGGUGAAAGCUAUGCCAGAGGUCCAACCACACUGGACAGGUCUCACCAGAAAAGCCAGAUGAAGAGUGCCUCUCACAUCAACAAUAUGGUGAGACGUAACUUUAAUAAAUCUAUACCGGAUCGGUCAUCGCUCGGGUCAACAAGGACCGCGCCAGGUGCUGGAUUCCCUGGACAUCUGGUGGCAAGUGGGCAACAGGACUCAGGAUCUUCAGUUGAACAAACAGGGCAAUUUAGAAAAUUGCAAGAGAAGAAAAACAAAUCUAAGUGAUGCAUGGAUUGACUACAAGAAAGCCUUCGACUCAUUGCCUCACACAUGGAUACUAAAAUGUUUAGAAAUAACUGGUGUCAGCAAAAACAUUCAGAUAUUUAUUUAAAAAGCAAUGAGCAUGUGGAGUACACAGUUAACAAUCAGUGGUGAGACAAUUGGACAGGUCAGCAUUAGAAGAGGUAUUUUCCAAGGGGACUCACUAUCCCGUCUGUGAUCACCAUGACUCCACUUUCACAAAUACUAAACAAAACAGGCCUCAGAUACAAAACAUCUAAAACAUCAAGUCAAAUAAACCAUCUGCUGUACAUGGAUGAUCUGAAGUUGUAUGGAAUGUCCCAGUCAGAAAUCGAAUCACUGCUCAACACUGUCCGUAUAUUCAGUAGUAACAAUAAUAAUAUCAGGAUUGAUUAGGUGGCAUCCUAGGGCAAAAGAUUGCCUUUAACUGUCCUUAUUGGCAUGACUCACUUAACAUAAAAACAUAAGAACAGCCUUGCUGGAUCAGGCCCAAGGCCUAUCUAGUCCAGCAUCCUGUUUCACACAGUGGCCCAUCAGAUGUCUCUGAGGAGCCCACAGAAGAGGUGAGGGCAUGCCCUCUCUCUUGGUUCUCUGCAACUGGUAUUUAGAGCCAUCUUGCCUCUGAGGCUGGAAGCAGCCUAUAGUCACCAGACUAAUAGCCAUUGAUAGACCAGCCCUCCAUGAAUUUGUCUAAGCUAGAGAUGUGCACGAACUGAAGUUCAUGCACAGGUUCAGAGCCGAAUCAGUUCGGUUGAGGUCUGAACCAGUUCGGCGCCACGGGGUGGGAGUGGGAUCUUUUAAAAGGAGGAAAGCAGGUCCUUACCUGCUCUCCACCACUGCAAGCAGCUUCCUGCUGUGACGGUUCUCCCCCAAGAACCCAUGCGCAGUGCUGGGACACACAUGGCAUCUGUGCGUGCAGGAGUACCAUUUGUGGGGUCAGCAUGGUGUUGGAUGGUAAGGACCUGCUCUCCUCCUUUUAAAAGAUCCCACUUGCCACUCCUCCCACUCCACCUAGUGGCUCCAAACCUCCAUUUGUGCACUUCCUUCAUCAAAGCCCCUUUUAAAGCCAUCUAAGCUAGUGGCCAUCUCCACAUCCCUCAAACUCUAUGAGCAUUGCUAAGUACCAGUGCAUCCUUUUUAUAUCUGCUGUGUUUUGUCCCAAAGUUUUUGCAUGCAAAACAAGAAGCUUUAUUUUGUUGAACAGACUAUCCCAUCAUCUGAGCUCUUCAAACCAAGCCAUGGGAGAGGCAUUCCUAACCUACCUCAUUGGUGUCAUUGCACUAAAGAGCAGAAACAUUCUAACAAGCACAUGCAGUUUUGCACUCUGCCAUUCUGCACCAUCCCUGACAAAGGCUGGUAGGUAGGGAUGUGCAUGGAACUGACGGGGGCCAGUUCGAAGGUGGGGGGGAUACCUUUAAGGGAGGGGGUGCUCUUAUCCCUCCUGUCGCCUUUCCAUGUUGGCAUGAGCGAGUGCACAUCGCCGUGUGCACGAAUGAGCACAGCGUCCGUGCACGUUGAUUACUUUUGGCCAAUUCUGGUCCGACGAGGGAAUGGGGCGUCAGGGAGGUACGCUUCCACCCCUGCCAGACCAUUUGAAAGUGCAGCACUGGUGGGGAAAAUGCAUCGGGAGGGGUAAGAGCCCCCGCUCCCACCCUUAAAGGUAUCCCUCCCACCUUCGAACCAGCUGAACCGCUGGUCAUUUGAACCCAUAAAAGAGCCUCUGAACAGGGUUUGUGCACAUCCCUAAAGGCUGGCUCAUUACAGAAGUCUACCACACACAUGGCUUUAGUUUUUGGUGCAUUUAAUCUUUUAUAAUGCAUGUGAAAUAUUAACUCCAUGUGUUUUAGCUGCAUGCAUAUCAUCGCAGUCCUGGCGACUGUGGGUAUAGUUGGAACAGACCUCCUUUUCAGCUCAAUUCACCUCUAAAUGUCUCCCAGGUAGAACUAGGACUCCAGGUCCAUUUUGCAUAGAGCCAGAGAUGAGGGGAAAUGGCACUGUCUGUGUGAUGAAUCUCUGGUGACUAAGGGUCUGUGAAGACCACCUCAGGAAACUAGAUCAGCAAGGUCAACUCUCCUGAUAUGCAUAUACCUAGCAAAUCAAAUUCUAAAUUAAGAAUUGAGAUCUUUCAGCCAGAAGUGAUUCCUUAUUUCCUUGGAUUAAAAAACAAGGUUCAUUCCAUGGAGUCUUUGCCAAAGGCACCAGUCUACCAAUUAGGUAAACCAGCCUGAUUUUCCAGGGAACAAAGGGCAGGUUUCCCCAAAUUCCUCCACCUUCUUCAAAACAAUAGUUGCAGAAACUGCAUCAUGACAAAAAAGGAACUCUAUUUUGUAUACUUCCCUUCCCAAAGGAAUAGGGUCCAAAUCUAUAGAAUGUUUUUGUUAUUCUCAGUCCAUUUUGGCUAUAUCUUCUCCAGUCCAAGAGCAGCCUUUUGAGCCAUUCAUCCUAUUGCUCAGGGGCAUAGCAAGGUUGGAGUGGGCCCAGAGACCAGGGGCGUAUCUACGGUAGGGCAGGUAGGGCACGUGCCCCAGGUGCCACUUGAAGGGGGCGCCAUUUUUUAAGAUGAAAAAAUGGCCGCCGAUAACAAAAUGGCCACUGUGCAUGCUCAAAUGGCCUCUGUGAGGCCCUAGGCCAUGACAGGCCUUGCAGAUACCAAUUGAGCAUGAGCAGUGGCUAUUUUGUUUUCGGUGGCCAUUUUUUAAAUAAAAUGGCCAAUGCACAUGCUCAAAUGGUCCCUGCAAGGCCCUCAGCUCAGGAUGGGCUGCAGUGGUGAAUUAAGAGGCCAGUGGGGGGAGGGGGAACCUUUGCAGACUCCACACCCCAUGACCUGUAGGAACCCCCCCAAAGGGGCUACAGGUUAAUUUUUUUUUUAAAUUUAAUAUAAUAUAAGUCACUGUACACAUAUUCAGUUUGGCACUAUGUACAGAGAAUCAGGGCUUGUGAAUACUAAGCUGAAGCUUAUGAGCUAGGAUUGUAUUCAUUUGCUCUUACUUUGCUUCUUGUGAUAAGUGAGUUAAAUGUGAUGUCUUAAUUAUAUGGCUAUUAAUGGUGAGUUUGUCUUUGAAUCAGUCUGAAAUCCUUAGUAUUAAGGCCCACUGGGAGUUUCUUGCUCUCUUUCUCUCAUUUUAACUGUCUUUAUGAAAUACUGGAAUAUAUUCCAAGCAGUGAUACAGCUUACUUUGCAUAUCCUUUAAUUAUUUUCAGAGUAUCUGGGAACAGUCAAAUUCUCCAUUUAUUUUUAAAACAUAUGUAAAAGUGAUGCUACAAUGCAUAGUAGGGAAUUAGACAGGCACUUCUGUUUAGUUUUCCAAGUACACCGCCACAUAGUAUCUAGGUAUUUCAUGAGCCCCAGCAUACUGAAAUUUGUAUUUUCCCAGUAUUUUUUUGGUUUGGCUACGUCCACUGCUAAAUAGUUUUUGAAAUAUUAAAAGAUUAACGAGC